AUGAUUAUUAUCCAGCUAAUGUCCAGUGUACUUGAUACCACUGAACAUGCUAUCAUCAUGUAUGCUCAGCGUUAUCCGAUCAAGGGAGGCGUCUGGUCGAACCAGGAUAAUCGCCAACACUUCAGCCAAAACUUAGAACUUCCAGAGAAUACCGCAGCUUGCCCCAACAUCGCAAUACCAACGACAGAUUCUUGCUUCAAGAUACCACAUGAACAUAUUGUUAGAUCCCUUCAGGAGCUAGAUAGGAGCCAUGCUCGUUUCCCAGAUGUGCUUGAAGCGGAGGCUAAGAUCAAUUCAAUUGCCCCUCACGCUAUACAAGAUAUCGUCGACCCAUACUUACAGGCCGCUUACUCAUCGGAUUCGCACCACUCGUUCCCCAAAUUCCCUAUCGACCUUGAUACGACAAGCACACUUUCUAGUCUCCAGAGCAAGACCUCUGACAUAAGCUCCCAUGAUAGGUACAGGCCCUACACAAAGGCGCCUAUCGUUUGUGACGUCCCAUACGGAGUCCGGCCCGAGCCUCCCAAGAUUUCGCCAAGUAGUGCUUCGGAAGAGAAAUCUAUCGAAAGUGACUUUGAUCUUGGUGAUGAAAUUGCGGAGCUUAAAUCCCCACAGUUAGGAAGCAGAAGCUUGAGAUCUCAGGGCUGCGCCACUAAAAUUCUGAGUAUAAGUAGCUCCGCUUCAACCUCCACUUUCUCCAAUCUACAGUUUCACAACUCGGUAAAUCCAAUGCUGCCCAAAGGACCUGAUCCGAGGACUUUCACUAAAUUCUGUGAAAUUUUUGGGAGAGAGGACUCCUAUAUUUCCGACCGUCUAGAUCCGCUAGAUAAAAGCGAUUCUAGAGGAACUCGGUUCUCGAAUAAAACCCUUAGGAUGAUUUGGGAAGGCAGUUUCACUGCAGAUAUAAGACUUCCGAAAUUUCAUAAUCAAGAUGAAGUGGUUUCUGAUGUACAGGCCUGCACCCUCGGGAGUGUGAGAAGGCGAAAUAUUAGGAGCCACAGGGUAAGUGAGAUGUUUUCAGCUUAUCAUGAAGUUAGGGGGUGGAAUAUGCUUUUGACAGACCGGAUCAUUAAGUUUUUGGCUUUUCUUCGGCUUACACCUGAUCAGUGCCUCAUAAUUCCGACCUUUCAUUUAUUGAAAUUGCUCUAA